GGACGAAGGACCUUUAAACGGAGACGAACAGUGCGGACGACAGCGAAUCUUCCCUCCAGAGCUGAGCUAUUUUUGGUGUCAGUCUCCAUUCGGGAGACUUGAAUGAGCUGUAACCCAAGAUGCCUCUAAAUGAUGAGCGACCCGCCUCCACAUCCAGCGGUGAGGACCAAGGUAGUGAUGUAGAGUCGUCGUCAGAGCGCUGUGACAGCAUAACGUCGACCAGCGACCUGGACUGCUCCCGUGAAAGCUUCACCAGCGACUGCUCCAGCAAGCAUUGCACGCCCUCCUCAAGCCCACCCAAAACCUUGACCUUGGAUGGGGUCCUGGAGUCUGUCAGAGACCUCUCCGAUCUCAGCUUGGCCCAUGAGAUCAUUGUCAACCACAACUUCCAUCUAGAGCCAAACAGUCUACCUCAGGACAGUUUAUGGAAGGUAGUUAGAGAUAAUGUCCACAAGGCCUUCUGGGACAUCCUGGAGUCGGAGCUGAACGAUGACCCGCCUGAAUAUGGCCAAGCCAUCAGACUAUUGGAGGAGAUCAGAGAGAUCUUACUGUCAUUCCUUAAUCCGGGUGCCAAUCGAAUGAGGACCCAGAUCAUGGAGGUGCUGGACAUGGACCUGAUUCGUCAGCAGGCUGACAAGGAUACUGUAGACAUCCAGGGGCUUUCCUCUUACAUCAUCACCACCAUGGGCAAGAUGUGUGCACCGGUGAGGGAUGAGGAAAUUAAGAAGCUGCGGGAAAGCUCAGAUAACAUAGUGACACUGUUCAGGGAGAUCUUCCGUGUGCUGGACUUGAUGAAGGCAGAUAUGGCCAACUUUGCAAUUGACAAUCUGCGGCCUGUGCUGCAGAGACAGAGUGUUGAAUACGAGAGGGCAAAGUUCCAGAGCAUCCUGGAAAAAACACCCAAUGCUUUGGACCACACCACCUCCUGGAUUAAGUCAGUGCUGGAGGAAGUGCUGUCGGCCACCACCCCCACGGGACAGCCUCAGGGGAAACGACAGCAAGCUGUGCCUGGGCCUUUCCAGAUCCUCAACGCUGCCUUCCUCCGUAUCCUCACAUGGGACUACAAUAAGAGCCCGCUGCCUGAGACCUGGAUGACAGAUGAGACACGUCUGCGGGAGAUUCAGUGGAAGCUCCAGCAGUGUCAGGCCGUGAACGAGGUGCUGCUCAUUGUCUACAGCACCAUCGGAGGGCCUAUCCAGGGGCUGCCCUCCCUGUCUGACCGCCUGAAGAGGGUGACCAGUGUGCUGUUGGAUGGGAUGCACAGCCCGGACUUUAAGCUAAAAGAGGCACUAGAGGGCGUCAGUGCUCAGAUCUGCUGCGAGCUCAACAAGUCGCUAACAGAGAGGAACUACCCUGCACUGACCCCGGCGCUGCAGGCCACCUUCGCAGGCCAGAUCUGCAGCAUCACCCAGAAGGACAAUCCCAUCCGAACUCUAGUUGAGGAUCGCGUGCAGCAGUACUUCACGGCGCUCAUCUGUGAUCCUAAACCCCAGGCCAGACUUGAACAGGUACCAGCUGGCUUGACUUCUGUCAAGACUGAACUAGCAUUUAUAGGAGCAAAGUUCAUCACCCUGGUCAACUACAAUAAGACUGUCUAUGGACCUUUCUAUGCGGAUAUCAUCAGGAAGCUGAUGUUCAGCGGCAGCCCACCAGCAGCACACCCUCCUCAGACCACGGCUCAGGACUCUGUCACCUCCAAUUAAAACCAAACUCUGGCUCAUGCGGUCUAACGAGUCUUUUUGCUCUUAGAUAUAGCAGAACCUAAGGAGAUACUACAGUAGCUAGGCAGUGCUACGGCUUUGCUCGGCCAGUGUACUCCAAUAGUUGGAGUUACCUUCCCUGUAUUGUAAAUGUAGUUGUUAUCACUACGUUUAGCAGCGAAGGCACUGCAGUAUAGGCACCAUGCGGUCAACAUUUAAUGUGACCUGCAUCCUUUGCGAUAAAUGUUCUACUAUACGCUUUCCUAUGAACAUUCACAGCUUCAAACCAGAAAACCGUGAUUCAUUUCUGAACCUAAUAGUGUCCCUACAUUGUCAAACUCCUGUUUUUUUGGAGGGAGUCCAUAGGGGAACAAGGGCAGAACAGUAUGUCCAAUACAUACAGUAAGCUUUAUAAAGCAAAGAGGAAUAAAAUUCAAGCCUAUAUAUUAAGAAAAUUAGCAGAGUAGCAUUUAACUACAGAUAACAAUGACCACCUUUGAACGUAAUGUAAAACAUGAGGUAGCCUUUUCUCCAUUGAAUUAGAGCUUUGAUUGUUCUCCUCUCUCACUUUUUUUUUUUUUAUCAGCCAGAAAAGUAGAGACUCUAUUCUCUAUUUCUUUUCUCUAUUCCACUGAUAUUAUUCUAUAGCACAAAAUAGAAGUAGAAAUGGAAAAAAUGUUGCUUUGGUUUUUGACUUCUCAAAUAAUUAAAUGAAAAAAGUUGUCUGCAUGAGUAGCUUUGUGUUGGGAAUUUGUCAUUUUAGUUUAUACUUAGGUAAUUAGUUAGUAAUUACUAUUUGUCAUAUGUUGUAUAUUCUAUACUUUUACUUACAUUCUGCUUGUGGAAUACUUGUUAUAUUUGAUUAAGUUGCUGGCUUUGUUACAUUUUGAGGUACUGUAGUUGUUACAGUAUGGCUGUGUUGGCUGUUGAAACCAACUGAGAAAUGAAAGAUAUUGAACUCAGUGAUUUUGUGGCUAAUAUUUCUAGCAGACCCAAUGAUACAUAAAGAAAAGCAGUUAUCUAUUUUAACUAAAGUUUACACUAAAUGUGGGAAGUUGCUGUUCUCUUCUUCUGCGCCACAGAUAAUAUAAUAAAAAAAGAAACACAAAUUGGAGCAUGUCUUUAUUUAUUUGAGGACAGAUUUGAAGUGCUAUGAAAAAUGUGUGCAAGUCUAAGUCUGUGUUUGACAUACACUGUGUGUUGGUUCCUCAGUGCUCAUGUAGGAUUUUACAAUGAUAUACAAUGAUAUACUGUAUGUAUAAGCAAAAUGUGGUCUCAUACAUGGCCUGCUGUCUAACGUGUCAGAAACAUAGUAAUCAGGAGUGCAGCGGGCAACCAAAAUGCAAAAAA